AUGUUGAUGCCCGCGUUACCGGAAAUUGCGACAUAUUUUCACAUCUCAAAGUCGCUCGCCAACCUUUCAAUCGCCUUUUACGUACUGGCCAUGGGUAUUAUCCCUAUCUGGUGGUCGGUGAUAUCGGAGCUAUAUGGGCGGCGUCCGGUCUACCUUAUAUCAUUUGCUAUCUUCCUGGUUUGGAAUUCCAUCUCUGCAGUAAGCACCUCAAUUGAUAUGCUUAUUGUCAUGCGCGCUUUGUCAGGGGGAGCAUCGGCCUCUGUCCAGGCAGUUGGAGCAGGAACUGUGGCAGAUCUAUGGGAAGUUGAGCGACGUGGCCAAGCAAUGGCUUACUUCUUCCUGGGUCCCAUGGUUGGGCCGCUCGUUUCUCCUAUCCUUGGGGGAAUACUUACUGAGCGGCUUGGCUGGCGGAGUACCCAGUGGGCCACAGUCGUCUAUGGGGGCAUCGUGUGGCUCUUAAUCGUUUUUUGCCUGCCAGAGACCUCUACUAAAAGGCCUGGCGCAAAGGGUCUUGAUUCAACUACGGCCCCAGAAAAUGCGAAAGGGGGACCAUCUUUGAUCCUACGUCGGAUUAGCCGGAUAUUUCUCGAGCCUUUCAAAAUUAUCGCUUAUCUUCGGUUUCCCCCCGUCUUGAUUACGGUAUACUACGCCAGCAGCACUUUUGCUUGCUAUUACGCGAUCACCAUUUCCCUUCAGACACUCUUUUCUGCACCUCCAUAUUCUUUUUCACCGAUAAUUCUUGGCCUCACCUACAUCCCUUGUGCCCUCGGCUCUAUUAUCGCGUCCCUGUUGGGAGGCCGCUGGACAGACUACAUUAUGCGACGACAGGCAAAAUCAGCAGGUAGAUUUGAUGCUUCGGGCCAACUUCAAUUUUUACCUGGGGACCGUCUUGGAGAGAAUGCUUGGUGUGCAUCCACCAUUUAUCCUGCGGCCUGUCUAUGGUUUGGCUGGACCAUUGAUAAGCAUGUUUUCUGGUUUUGCCCAUGCCUUGCGACAUUUUUCAUAGGCCUCGGGACCAGCUUGGUCUUUAGCAUGACUUCCACCAUGCUGACUGAGUUGUUGCCUGGAAGAACAAGUACUGGAGUGGCCUUGAACAAUAUUCUGCGAAACUCACUAGCUUGUGUUGCUGUGGUGGUAAUGCAGCCCUUAAUUGAUGCUAUUGGACCUGGGUGGAUAUUCACUGGACUGGCAGUUAUCACCUGGGCAAGUAUCGUCAUCCUAUGGUUAUUCAAAAAGAAUGCCGUUAAAUGGGCAGCGGAAAUGGAAAGCAGGUUAUUAGAGAGAUAG